AUGCCAACAUCGAUCAUGCAGAAGAACUACAGCAAUUGCCCGCUUAAGAAGCGGCCCGUUUUCAUGGCCAAGGACGAAGGAUUAAAAAAUGCCGACUCGGAUGGUGAAAUGGAACCGGAAAACCUGAGCACCAAACCGCAGGACCUUUCGAUGAAGUCACAAAAGAAGAAGGCUCGCUCGGAGUCACCCGAACCGUUGGUGGUGAUCAAGGCGGAGGACACGCUCCCCACACCACCACCCUCGUCCUCCCCGAGUCCCAGUGACACCAAAUCGCCCCUCUCUCUGGCGACUCCUACCACCUAUGGUGCGUCCUGGCCUCCGCUUUACUUCGGUUCCCGGUCACCCUCCUUCCCGCCCGUGUAUCCUGGUUUCCCGUAUGCCGUGCCUUACCCGGCCGAUUUCUACAGUGCCUACCAUCAUCAUCAUCAUCACCACCACCAGCAGCAUCAGGCUCAACAGCAUCAACAGGCCGCAGCUGCUGCCGCCGCCGCUGCUGCUGCUGCUGCUGCCGCUGCCGCUGCCCUUCACCACCAAGGGACACCAGCGUCGCAUGCCACCCAUCUCCCACCGCAUCACAGCCAAAUCUCGCCACCACGCUCCGAACCACUGUCACCGUACAGUGCCGGCCAACGGGAUGCAAGCGGUAGCCCUUCCGCUUCACCCACUCGCCUCUUCCGGCCGGAUCGCCACUCACUUUCUCCGCCACCCUCGAUGGUGGUGCCCGCUUACCCGGCCGAGUUGCGCCUGAACCAGAACAACAACGUCAUCAAGGAGCGCGAGUCCUUCGGAGUUCGUGGAGGUUCCCAUCGUUACAUGCCUUACCCGUUGGUGCACCACCCACACCACCACCCCCACCAUCAUCACGGACACUCGCACGGGCUGCCAGUGGAGCACCCAUCGUUGUCGCCGGCCUCGAGCCACACGUCCUUCAACUCGUACCUUUCGUCCUCGCGAGGCCGCUCGCUGUCUCCAGGCUCCUCGUCAGCUCCCGCUAGUCCGGGCGCUGAUUCCGAGGAAAACAACAACAGUCUGAGCGCGGCCAACGGUAACACGAACGCGUCCCUUUCCUCGUCCGUUUCAUCGGCUUCCUCCUCCGGUUGCUCGUCCAUUCUGACCGAGAAGUCCACCUCGAGUGCUAACAUCCAGUCGAAGAAGGAAUCCAACGGUGGAUCGGCUGCCGGUGGAGCCCCACGCUACCAAUGCCCAGAUUGUGGCAAGUCGUACUCAACCUACUCGGGUCUGUCCAAACACCAGCAGUUCCAUUGCCCAGCCGCCGAAGGCAACCAGGCCCAGAAAACGUUCGUGUGCAAGGAAUGCGACAAGCCGUACAAAACGCUCGGUGCACUUAAGAUGCACAUUCGCACGCACACGCUACCGUGCAAGUGCACGCACUGUGACAAAGCGUUCUCGCGCCCUUGGCUGCUGCAGGGACACAUCCGCACGCACACCGGCGAAAAGCCUUUUGUGUGCAAGCUGUGUUCGCGUGCUUUCGCGGAUCGCUCGAACUUGCGCGCCCAUCAGCAAACGCACGAGGACGUCAAGCGCUUCAAGUGCCCCACGUGCACAAAGUCCUUCUCGCGGUUACCUUUGCUGACGAAACACGCCGAAUCGGGCUGCCCAGGAGGACCACCAGGAUCGGCGGGAAGCAGUACUGCUGGAUCGCCCGUGCCACCGGAGGAUCGACAUGUGGAAGACUCCUUCAUGCCUACCGUGUUGCCGCAUGGUGGACAUGUUACGGUUUACUAG